AAACCAAAAAAAAAGUCUGUUCUCCUUCUUAAGAAGAAGCCGCUUCGUUUCAUUUCGUCCCAAUUAUCUUCCAAACUUCACCAAAAGCAUUUCUUAACAAACAAAAACUUUUCUUCUUAUCGUUAUUACCUCUCAAGUUUUUGUAGCUUUUAUUAUAAUAAUAGAUUCGAAGAUCGUCUUUGUUUUCUUCAGAUGGGUCUUGAUGAUUCAUGCAACACGGGUCUUGUUCUUGGUUUAGGCCUCUCAAUAACUCCUAAUAUUUACAAUCCUGCCAUCAAGAAAACUUCCACAACCGUGGAUCACCAUCUCGAUCCGUCGUUGACUCUAAGCCUCUCCGGUGAGAGCUACAUGACCAAGACGGUUGAUAUGACCGUUGCCGGAGCUGGAAGCCAAGUUUGUCGGCAGACUUCGUCUCAUAGCGGAAUCUCAUCUUUCUCGAGCGGAAGGGUAAAGAGAGAAAGAGAUAUCUGCGGCGAAGAAGAGGCCGGGGAGACGACGGAGAGAGUGGUGUGUUCGAGAGUGAGUGAUGAUCAUGAAGACGAAGAAGGUGUUAGUGCUCGUAAAAAGCUUAGACUCACUAAACAACAAUCCGCUCUUCUUGAAGAUAGCUUUAAACUUCACAGCACUCUUAAUCCCAAGCAAAAACAAGCUCUUGCGAGACAGCUGAAUCUAAGGCCUCGGCAAGUUGAAGUGUGGUUCCAAAACAGGAGAGCUAGGACAAAACUAAAGCAAACAGAAGUGGAUUGUGAGUUUUUGAAGAAAUGUUGUGAGACUUUAACGGAUGAGAAUAGAAGGCUUCAAAAAGAGCUUCAGGAUCUUAAGGCUUUAAAGAUGUCUCAACCUUUCUACAUGCAUAUGCCGGCAGCGACUUUGACGAUGUGCCCUUCUUGUGAGAGACUCGGCGGUGGUGGUGGUGGUGCUGCAGGAGGCGGCGGAGGUACGGCAGAGGUUAAUGGAGGGACAGCGAAAGGAGCUUUCUCCGUCGUCACAAAGCCUCGCUUCUUCAACCCUCUCACUAGUCCUUCUACAGCUUGUUAAUUACUUAUUAAUUAAUUUGUGCUUCCACGUCAAAUUAGUGAUUAGCUAGAAGGUAAUCCGGAAAAGUCUUUGAGUUAAAAAUUGGGGAAUGGUCUUUAUAGAUAAGACUCUUCAACGAUCCCACUUUAUUUUUCGGUGGGAUUGUUGGUUGAUGAAGAAAAAUAUAGUUUCGAAUUAUAGUUUUCAUUUUGUAGAGAAAAAUAAGAAGGCAAUAGUACUUACUGAUCCAUCUUCUUUUGUUAUUUUCUUCAAAUAUAUUAGUACUAUAAUAUAGUUUUGCUUGUAUAAUUAAAUAUCAUAUAAUUUGUACAACUUUCAUUGAUUUAUUGCGUCUUACCAAAUGAUUGUUUUGUUCACUUGAAUAUAAAACUGGUUUAUUA